AAAUAAAGAAAACAAAGUUUCUUUUCAAUCGCGCCAAAAAAAAUUUUUGAUUUCUGUCUGAUAAACUUUCAGCGUAUAAAUGCGGUACAUCAAUUUGACGCGCAGAAUGUUGUCAACAAAUUGGUUCGAAAAAAAAUUCUCGUAAUUUGAAAAAAGUUUUUGAUUUUUUAAACAAUGUCCACCACCACCGCCAAAGAUCCAGUUGUUGGACCAGAAUUCAUCAAUCUAAAUGUUCAUAAAGCUGGUUUGGAUGGUCUGGAUCAACAACGUAUCAAUCAAAUUAUUCAAGAAGCAAGUAAAGGUUCGCGAUUUUAUAUAUUUCAACAACGACGUCAAAAACGUAUCGAUGAACAAAUAAAAAAAUUAAAAAAACAAUCAACAUUGAUUACGGAUUUUCAACGACAACAAGCAUUGAAAAAAGCCGAUAUGAUUAUUGUUAAUCUUGAACAACAACGACGAGUGUUGAAUAAAAUUAUUGUACAUUUUGAUAUGGAUAUGUUUUUUGCAGCUGUUGAAAUUAAAAAGGAUCCCAGUUUGGCCAACAUUCCGAUGGCUGUUGGUUCAAUGGCAAUGAUAUCGACAAGUAAUUAUAUUGCACGUCGUUAUGGGGUACGUUCUGCAAUGGCCGGUUUUAUUGCCAAAAAACUUUGUCCACAAUUAAAAUUGAUUAAACCAAAUUUUAAAAAUUAUUCAAAAGAAAGUGAAUCUGUAAUGAAUGUUAUACGUGAAUAUGAUCCAAAUCUUCGUACAUUUUCAUUGGAUGAAGUUUAUAUCGAUCUAACUGGAUAUGUUUUUGAAAAUUAUUCUCGAAAAAAUAAUAUUCCAUUGGAAGAACUUUAUUGUUUGGAUGAAUUAACCGAUCAGAUUUGGCAAUUUACUUCUUUGGUUGUUGAAGAAAUACGUUCAAAAGUUUUCAAAGAAACACAGCUAACAAUUAGUGCUGGUAUAUCGUGCAAUACAUUAUUGGCAAAAGUUUGUACAGAUAUUAAUAAACCAAAUGGACAAUUUAUGAUUAAAGGAAAUCGUAAUGAGAUAAUGGAAUUUGUAUCACAAAUUCCUAUACGUAAAUUCAAUGGAAUCGGUCCGGUAAAAGAUCAAAUUCUUUCUGCAUUUAAUAUUGUAAAACCAACGGAUAUUUUUGAAAACAGAGCUUUAUUACUGUGUUUAUUCGAUGAUAUUGUUUAUUAUCUUCGAAUUUAUCUUGGUAUUGGUUCAACACAUUUAUCCAGUAACAACGAUGAUAAUAAUCAACAUCAACAAAAAUCACAUAGCCGUGAACGAACCGUAGGUGAAGUCGGUAAUUUUGAUGAUAUUUGUCUUUUGCUUAAAGAUAUUUCCGCACGGUUAUCCAAAGAUUUACGUAAUGAACAACAACUUUGUAAAACUAUUACAUUGAAAUUGAAAAAAAUUAAUUUCGAUGUUUUUAUCAAAUGUAAAACUAUUGAUCAUUAUACUGAUGAUGAACAAGUAUUAUAUAGAAUUGGUAAAGAAUUAUUGUUGCAAGAAAUGAUAAAAUCAUCAAAUAAAUAUCGUUUAAUUGGUCUUAAAGUUUCAAAUUUAUGUCAAACAAAUGAAAAAAUCCUGUUACCCAAUGAUCAAUUAACAUUAACGCAAUUUAUUCAAAUGAAAUCAUCGAAACGCAAAUCAAUCGACGAAUCAACAACCGCUGAUGAUGAUAAUCAUUGUGGUGAUGAUGAUUCCGAUGCAGCAGAAUUAAAUGAAAAUGGUGAAUAUGAAUGUAAUCUAUGUGAAAAUACAUUUCGAAAUCCAAAUAAAUUUGAAUUUCAUAAAAGAUUUUGUCGUGGUAAUCAUUGUGAUUCUCAAUAUGGUUUAUCAAGUGAUGAUAGUGGUGAUGAUGAUUAUUAUUGUUAUCAUUCAUAUUCAAACAACAAAGAUGAUGAUCAUCAUAGUGAACAUCAUGUCGAUGUUAAAUCAUCACCAUUAUCGGAUAAAAUCGAUUCGAAUGAUGAAAAAAAAGAUCCACCACUACCAUCACAGCCACAAUUUCUAAAAUGUCCAAUUUGUCAAUCAAAUACAUUAUUUCAAACAAAUGAUGAUCUUAAUCGUCAUAUUGAUAUUUGUCUUAAUCGACAAGUUUGUAUUGAAUUGACAGCAAUUGCUGUUGACCAUGAUGAUGACCAUCAACAACAGCAAAAAUCUGAUAUAUCUUCUUUGUCAAUGAAAAAAUCAAAUAAAAAGAAACGUUUGUCAUCAUCCGCAUCAUCAAGUGCCACUACUAAUCAAACAACAAUAAUACAAUCAUCUGCCAAUCAAACAAAAAUCGAACAUUAUUAUGGUUUGCGUAAAUGUAAAAAUGAAUAAGAAUUGACAAGAUUGGGACUUUUCCCCGUUUCUUAAAUUGAAAUCGAAUUGAAAAUGGAAAUGAAAAAAUCCCAAAACGAAACGAAACAUAAUAAAAGAUGACAGAA